AUGUUGCGUCGCACUGCACAAAACGCCGCCAAAACUCCAGCGAGGCAAUGCCUGUCACGGCGCCAGGCCUCUCUCCCGAAGCCUCGCUGUCUCAGCACCACCAUCCCGCAUAGACUGGCCACUCCGACUUCUGGUUUCGCGCCAACAUGGGACAAGAUCAAAGAGACAUUGAAGCCUCCGAUUGACCAAUUCACUUCAGAAAUCCGCCCUUCCUAUACCACUGGCUCGCCGGACCCGGAUCAUCUUUUGCGCACAUGCACCGUCCUGACUUCGGAUCCUACCAAGACGUCUCUACAAGAAUUGCUCGAUCGCAUCCCAGAGUUUCAACAAGGAAACGAGUCUGGCCUCUUUACAGACUUCCUCCUCCUCGUCACUCCCUCGUACGCCGCAAGCCUGCGCAAGCAGAGCCAUGUCAUUCAACAGGCCUUGACGCGCAUCUUUCCUAUCAAAGAGCUUGACAAGAGCACACGCUCUACUCUCGGAGGAGAUUCCAGAGAGGCAGUCAGACUCGUCGCUGCUGUCGUCGACAGGCUGCCAAAACCCUCCGACCUGUCUGCUUCUGCUGUUGGCGAUACUGGCUCCGAAGGCAUUGCAUUACGCCUGAUCGCCAACGAGAACCCCAUCUGGAAGCCCGAGCUCGCCGUCGGCGAUGUUCGUCAACCUAUCCUUUCCGACAACAAGUUUCGUUUCUUGAGCUUCCACCUCAAUGACACAUCAACUCCUCCUCACAUGCUCCCCAUCGUGCAAUUACCUCUUGCCAACACCAUCUUCCACAACGGUCUAUCCUCGACUCUGAUCUGGCGUAAGUAUGCCGUACAACAAGGUGGAAAGGGGCUUCUUCAAAUAGAUGAACAAGUCUGUGACUCGCACCGUGUCAAGCUUCCCCAGCAACCGGGCCAGACUGAGAACAACACCUUUGCUCUGUCAGUGCCUCUUGUUCCGUUGACAUCUGCCAGAUCUGUUGUCGCAUGUAUGGGAAACAUCAUCCGUCGCUUGUCUGCCAAUUCUGGCCUCGGCCCUCAAGACGACACGAAAGAAGCCAUCCUGGCCUCUCACGAACUCGAGCAGUCCGUCACUUCAUACCACGAAACUCGUGGACUCUCUCCCCGCGCCGUAUCUGUCUGGGCUCUGGUCAUCCCCGAAAAGACCUUUACUGGCGGUCUAUCCAUGGCCGCAAAAGUCCUUGGCGACAGGAAUCUGCCCGAGUUGUGGAAAACUGGUUCUGACCAUGAUAGCGACCCUUCUCAGCCCAAUCUCUUGACUUUGUUACAACACGGAGCUCGUCUCCAUAAAGUCCUGUCUGGAGGUGGUGGUUGGGGUAAGAAGGCUGGCCUUCUUUCAUUGGAUCCUGACUCUGGUUACGGUCAGCAUCCAGCGUGGGAAGAAAUUGCACCAGCACAGCAGACAGAGCCGGAGUACAUUCAAGGUCUAUCGCCCGUGCCAACAGAUCUACAUCGCGCGUGGGGUUUCGAGCCCCAGGAGCUUCCUAGCAUUGUGAACAAGGGAGAUUACAUACAGUUCUAUAUCUCACCAUCGGCGUCUUCUGAAGAAACACCCGCACAGUCUGAGACGAACACGAAUGCGUCACACUACACCACGUCGAACGUCAAGACUGUAGAAUUUGGCAGUAUACCCAGUACCGUCGACGAUAUGCCAAGCAGUAACGCAUCUCCCGCGGCUGCACAAAGUGUUGUGCAAACAUACCCAAAUCACUUCGGUGCCCUGUCCGAGACUGGUAUUGCCAUGUUCUUUGGUCUGCAGUCAGAUAAAGAAUCAUCUUCCAACACGCACAAUGCUACCGAUGCAGCCACAAAGGUCGAUGUACCUUUUGGUCGAUUUAGAUCUCGAUCACAAUCCUCGACGGCAUCUUCCAAGGCGAAACAGGCCCCGGCAGGUUUUGGCUUCUCGCCAACGAGACCGUUACAGUCGAGUAUGUCUGGCCAUCGCGUCUCAUGGCAGCUCCUGUAG